AACAAUUGAGUAUAACUAAGAGAACUCUAAAACAAUGGAGAAAAUUCUAAUGAGCAACUGAAAUAAAUAAAAAACACGAAACCUUUAGAUUUCAAACAAACAUAUCACUGAGACACUGACCGUAAACGAUUAGCAAUUCCCUAAGAAUGAAAGUGUGUAACAGGAAUCGUACCAUCCUAGAAUCGGAUUAAAGCAAUUCAAGUCAAGGCAAGUUAAGUAGCAAGUAGAGCAAAAAUGUCUGAGUACUUGGCUUGUGUUCAGCCCUAGGUACCAAACAAAUAAGAAAUCAUAAUUAUUUGAACAGAAAUUUUUUUAGUUACAGAUUGUUUUGGUUGCCCUGUGAUUGUACCAAUGGUGUCCGUGAACUCAAAGCACCUGGAGUCUCGGCAAUGUUUCCUCCUGUGUUUAUUUUUGCUAAUGUAUCUUUUCUGCUCUUGAGGUCCUUUUUGGUCGAGAUUGUGAAGAAUCUGACUUAGCAGCUCUUUGUUGACCAAGUCUUGAAACCGAUAUGAUUUUGCAGUUUAAUUUUCUAGCUGUGGACAAACGUCAUUAGAGUUGCCUUUUGAGUAUUUAUAUGCAUUAAGGUUGCUUCUCUAAUGCUGAGUCAGUAUAUUAUAUUCGACUUCUUGCGCCCAAACCUGUUCUAGUUGUUUCGAACAACAGUUUUAGAGAGCCAAGUAAAGCCUUUCUGAUGGUGAGUCAGUAUAUUAUAUUAUCUCUACAGGUUUUCUGUCUCUUCAACACAUUUAUGUUAGCCGUUGAGUUCUCCUCCAAUUAUAAUCGUUUGUCUAUAUAUCCAUUUUAAAUGAUGAAACAUAUUAGGUUGUAUGAAAUAUUUCUGAACCGUAUGAUCUUGCAAAAGAUCUGUAAUCUAUAAAAUAUAUCAUACAAGAUUUCCUUUUUUUUUAAGAUUUUAUUUACAUGAUAAGUCUUUAAAAAUAUUCUAGAUAACAUUAGGCAUUUACAUUUCAAUCCUCACAAAUACUUAUUACCCAAUCAGAUCUCACCGUUUAGAAACUCAAAAUAUUGAGUGUGUUUUCUUUAAAAAUAAAUUUAAAGAUUUGUCAAAACUUUUUUUUGUAGUCAGAGUAUACCGAAUCGAUUAAGAGAUAAUCAUCUAUUAAUCUUGUUGAAGACUUAGAAAAGUAAUUAAUAAAUCUUUUCUUUUGGGCGGUAGCCGAAUGCCAUUAGGAUUCUUUUUCUUGUAGAUCUCCAUAUAUAUAACAAAAACAUUAAAAACUAAAGAAGAAGGGAGACACUCGUUUCCAUCUUCUGAGAAAUUUGUUGGUUAGUUCCCAGUUUUCCUCUUUUGCAUUGUACUUUCCUCUUGUCAUAAUUUCUCAGAUGUUUCCUGAUUCUUUCUUAUACCUAUAUUUAAGAGAUUUUGUCUUUUUGUGCGUGUGGGAUCAUAGAUGUGUACUAAGACACUGAUCAGAGUUUCAUAGAAAGAAGCCUAACUAGAGACGAUGUCUAUAGCUUCUGAAACCACGGCUCUUUCUGUAUCCUCUGCUUCACCUACAAAGAUCAUGGAGAAGGAGAAAUCAGACAACUCUGAGAUGUUCCAGGGUAAUGCAGAAAAGAAACCGGCUUGGAACAGGCUCUCUAAUGGAGAAUCUGGGAUCAAGCCAGUCAUGGUAGCUUCGUCAUCGUGGCCAUUGCUUUCAGAGGCAGCGAAAGCAGCUUCUUGUUCAUCCUCUGAUUCGUUAAAAAGUCUUUGCUGCGAUGGAUCUUCAUCAUCGGUCUCUUCGUUCUCCAAGCGACGUAGUAUACUUGCGGAACUAGAACCAAUGGAACAAACAUUAACUGAUGCGAUUAGCAACAUUAACCAAGGAGCGGUUGCUCAAGCUUCAGGUUGUCCUUUACCAUACACUUCUCCUAGCAGUUAUAACCAAAGGAACAUGUUUGCAUCACAGUCCCAUGUCCGUGCCCAAAACCAACAUCAACAGAAUUCAAACAACAACCAAAAUGUUAGCUAUCUUCCUCAUCAAAGUCACCGAGGUGGACACAAUCAGGAACAUGUGAAUCUUCCAAGAAACUUUAAUGGUCUAGGCGGAUUUGUAAGACCAUCACCACCACUACUUGUGCCACCAGUCUAUGCUCAACAUAUGCCACCUCAACCAUUUUAUUAUCCUCUAGAUUUUACUGGCUUUCCACCACAGAUGAUGUAUCAUCCUCAUCGCAUGCCCUUCAUGGAGCCUCCUCCUGUCUUGUUUCCACGUCAAAAUCCAAACCGCCGCAUGCCCUCCAUGGAGCCUCCUCCUGUCUUGGUCCCAUCUCAAAAACCUUCCUUAAAAACCAAGACAUUCAAUCAAGUUCAAAAAGCUCCCCUUAAAACCAAGAUAGCGAAUCAAGUUCAAAAAGUUCCCCUUAAAACCAAGAUACUAAAUCAAGUUCAAUUUUAUUUGAGCGAGGAUAAUUUACCGAAUGACGUAUAUCUUCGCAUGCGCAUGAAUGAUGAAGGCUUUGUUCAUAUAGAGUUCAUUGCUGGAUUCAAUAAGCUUAAAGCACUGACAAGUAAUAUCCAGCUUAUAUUGGAUUCUCUACAAGGUUCUGAUAUGGUUGAAGUCAAGGGCUAUGAAAUAAGAAACGGAUGUGUCUGGAGAAAAUAUGUAAUGCCUCACAACUGGCGGACUACAUUUUAUCCGAGCCAAGAAUAUGUAAUGGCUAACAACCAUCAACACAUGCAGCUUGAGCAAAAACCAGAAGUGGGAUCAAGUUCAAGCAAUCAAAAUGAUGAUAACAAUAAUAAUAAUUUGGUUGUAUGAUGUCUUCAAAUCAAAGCUGAAGGAGUUUGCUUCUGCAUAUAGAGGAUUGUGAUACAUUUAUUUGAAGCUACCAUCAUUUGGAAGUAAAUUAACAUCGCAUCUUAAACAACCAAAAAACACUGAAAAAGGAGUGUCGGGGAAACUUAAAGUUUGCUAUGAUAACACUCUGAUAUGUAUUUUUUUCAGGUUUUACAUAAAUUAGGAUUAACAGAAGUAGACAUUUUUGGUAAUUGGGGAUGAUUUCAUAUAUUAGUCUGAUUUAGUUUUAAUUAUGGUCUGUUUUGGAAUUGAUUAACCCGCUUUUUUGUUUGUUUAUUCAGUUAAUUAUAUACUUCACUUUUCUA